AAUUCAAACAUGUGGAACAUGAAGCGGUUAGAGUAUGGAGCCCUGGCAAGACGAGCAAACCAGAUCAAGGACGAGCUCAGACAGGGAAUGAGAAGACCCUACAAAGAAGUGAUCGAUGUCUUCCAGGAUGAUUUACACAGGGCAGGAAUGAAACCUCUGACAUUUGUCAGACAGGUUCUUGCAGCAUGUGUUUACCCGCCGCUUAUCAACAGCAACAAUCUGCCACUUGAUGUAAGACAGAGGGCCCAGGAGGAGCUGGGAAGAUGUGUUGGAGGGAGUGUAGGUUCAUAUUCUGCCACAGCUGGUAUACCAGAAAUCAUCCACAGCAUCUCUGAAUUCAUAAAGAGACGAGACGGAGGAAUUCCAUCUCACCCCGAGAACAUUUACAUCAGCCCUGGCUCACAGUGGUCAAUCUUGAACAUUCUCAAUGUCUUAGUGAACCGUGAGGCUUCACCAAGAACAGGUGUGUUGAUUCCAGUGCCAUGCCACAACAAAACCGUGUUGUCCAUAACGCAGUUGGGUGCAGUCGCUGUCCCUUAUUACCUGAGUGAGGAGGAGGGAUGGGCGCUGCAGGUGGAAGAGCUGCAGCGAGCGCUCGAAUCUGCAAAGGGAGUCUGUAAUCCUGUGGCUCUGUACGUCAUCAACCCCGGAAAUCCAGCAGGUUAUGUUCAGAGCCAAAAAUCAGUGCAAGAGGUGAUCCGGUUUGCUUGGGAAAAGAGGCUCUUUCUUCUGGUUGAUGAGCUCUAUCAGGACUGUGUUUAUGGGGAAAACUGUGAGUUUGUCUCCUACAAAAGGACUUUGAGCGAGAUGGGGCCUCCUUUCUCAGGCACAGUGGAGCUGGCCUCCUUUCACUCAGUGUCCAAAGGCUUCUUGGGAGAGUGUGGUCUCCGUGCUGGAUAUGUCGAGCUGGUAAAUCUGGAUCCUGCUGUCAUGAAAUACAUCCACACACUUUUCUCCAAAGAUGCUUGUGCACCAGUUUUAGGUCAGAUUGCCCUGGAUCUGAUGACGGACCCUCCAAAGCCAGGAGACCCCUCAUACCCGCUCUAUAAACAGGAGAUUGAGCACAUCAGGACUGUGCUGGUUCAUAACGUGAAGAGAGUCCACGAGGUUGUCAACAGCCUACCGGGAUUCAGCUGCCCACCCAUUGAAGGAGGAUUGUUUGCGUUCCCCAGACUGCACCUCACACCAAAAGCCAUUCAGAAAGCCAAGGAAUUAGGACUGCAGCCAGACGCAUUCUACUGUACGAGACUGCUAGAAGAAGGUGGAGUGUUUACCAGUCCUGGUUGGGAGUACGGACAAAAGGAGGGCACCUACCACAUCAGAUUUUGCAUCGCGGUCCCUCAGGAUGUCAUGGAGGAAUUACUGAGACGCCUGAGCAGCUUCCACAUGACAUUUAUGAAGGAUUUUUCUUAAAGAAAAAGGAAAAGUUUCCUCUGGAGUUUCUUUUUUCUGUAAUCCCAUAACUCUAUAUAGAAAAUCAAACCAUUUUUGAAACAGCGAUGUUGAUUUUAAUAAAUAUGACAUUUAUUGCAUACAAUCUUUGGUCAGCCACUUUGGUCACUACCCAUUAGAGUAAGAUCCAGCUUCAGCUUUUCAGAAAGCAACUAAUCAUAUAUUUCAAGUUCCAAAUUCAAAGGAGGCCUUACAUCAGCCAUCAUUAAAAAAAAAGUGGCAACAGACAAUAGUGUGUUCUUUAAAGAGUUCCUGAUAAAUUCAGUGAUUUCACAAUAGACUCCAGCACUAAAACAGCAGCGCCUUCCUGCUGAACUUUCCUCCAGCCCAGAACAGCUCUACUGAACACCAGAUAGUCACUGCAGCUUGAGCCACUCAGAGCCUCUUUGGCCUGGACAAACAGAAAGCAGACGACUCAGUAACAGCUUAGCAAACAAAAAUAUGGCAAAAUGUAUUAUGGUGAAGACAUCUCACCUUGUUGACUAGUGCUCUGUUCUGCAAGCUGUUGUGGAAAGGGUCUCUAGUGAGACAGGCAGCUACAGACAACAUAGGCAGAACACAUCUAAACAUGCUACUUAGGACUAAUAUUUUGCCCAGCCGUGGGUCACAUGACAUGCAGGCGACACGAUCCCCUAAUGGAGUCAGUGUUUCGGUCCUGUCCAGGACUCCUGCAAAACAAAAUUGUAUCAAAAUGACAAGACAACAAGUAAAGACAAGUAAAGACGCACUUACCUAUAUCUUGUAGAUUACGGACAGCGUCUCUCACAGACUCUGGCUCUGGGCUGUCCAAUACUUGGGAUAAGAUAUCUACAGCCUACGAGCACCAAAAACGAUAAGCCAUUAAUAAAUAUAAAAUGGAAAAAAAUUUAAAUACAGAUACAAGAAAGAACAGGACAAAAAUGAUUCCAGUACCUUUGAGUUUGGACUGUGGAUUUUAGCCUGCACUACUAAACUCUCAAGCGUGGUGCGCAGGAUCUCAGGGAUGGGAAAGGGAGGCAUGGAUUCCAGCUGUUUUCUUGAGAAAAGGUGGUAGGACUGUCCCGGCUGACACCGGCCUGCUCUCCCUUUUCUUUGUGUAACAUUUGAACGGGAAAUCCAAACUGUAUCCAGACAGGACACCUGGGGGGGAAAUAAAUAAAUAAAGAGAUUACUUUUGCUGACAUUUUUCUGGAAUAAAAUCAAAUACCAA